AUAAUAAAAAACGUUACAGGGGAAAACUGUAAAUCUGUCUUUAUAUGUCCACUGCGAUCUAGGGUUUAGCCUCGCCGAUUCUUUCUCGCUUGUCUUCGUCAUGAGCCGAUCAGGCCAACCCCCGGAUCUCAAGAAGUACAUGGACAAGCAGCUGCAAAUAAAACUGAAUGCAAACCGGGUCGUGGUCGGCACACUUCGUGGGUUUGACCAAUUUAUGAACCUUGUCAUCGACAACACUGUGGAGGUGAAUGGCAAUGAGAAGAAUGAUAUUGGCAUGGUGGUUAUUCGAGGAAACAGCGUGGUGAUGAUUGAAGCCUUAGAGCCGGUCGCAAGAACAUAAUUCAUCUUCUUUUUUUUUUUCAUUUAGCUCACUCUUCGCUGUAGCAGUUGAUGCGAGUUUAUGAAGUUUUAUAACAUCUGUUAUUGAUGCGAACUAUGCUGUGCUUUCCCAGAACCUGGUUUAAAAUAGUAUUUGUAGGUUGGUGACACUAUCACUUGAUGUGUCAAUCUUAGUGUUUCUUAACAUGGUUAGCUCCUAGAGCUCUCAAUGCUUAAUCUUAGUGUUAAAUUAUUUGCUUGCU